AGGAGAAAGACACAGUGGCAUAAGGUAAAGAAGAGAAAUGAUAAGCAAAGAAGGUAUUGAAAGAAAGAGAAAAAGAAAGGCAGAAGAUAUAAGACAAAAAAUGGAGUAGCAGAAGCGAGAAGAGAAGAGUUAGGAGGAGAAGGAGGAAGGAAUAAAAAUACAGGCAAAUAUCGAAGUGGGGACUGAGAAGCCAAAUGAAAGGAAAAGAGAGACGGAAAGAAAACGACAGAAGGCUUAAGAAGUAGGAGGACAGGGAGGAGAUACUAAGGAAAAGAGAGAGGGAGAAAAGAAAAGAGUAAAAGAGGGAGAAAGAGAGCGAGAGGAAGGGCAGAGUAAGAGAUAGCAAGCGGGUGACAAGAACAGAGUAAAAGAGAGAGCGAGAGCGUGUGAUAAGUACAGAGUAAGUGAGAGAGAGAGAGAGAGCGGGUGACAAGAACAGAGUAAGUGAGAGAGAGAGAGAGAGAGAGCGGGUGACAAGAACAGAGUAAGUGAGAGAGAGAGCGCGCGGGAGAAAACGGUAGAGUAAGAGAGAGAAAGAGCGCGGGAGAAUAGGGAGUGAGUAUUAGAAGGGCUACAAGGAAGGCCUGAAACAUGUUAGUUGUUUUUUCUUCCGGUCACUAACGAAGCGAUGCCACAAGUUUGAUUUUAAUCCGGCGGAUAAACGGGUAAAGGUUUGGCUUGUUAAGGCCAAACGAAAAGAGAGAAAAUAACCCAACCAAGAAAAAAAGUAGUAAUGAGAGAUAUAUAGGAAAGAAGUUUUACAAAUCAUGUUCAUGGUAAAAGUGAAUAUUCAUUGACCAAUCAACAAACUGUUGAAACCAUCUCCAAGGAAUAAGUUUGCUGUAGUUCCUACAACUGCACUGCUGAAACAAUGGGCAACCUGCUACGAGUCCUCACCAAGGACGACUCCACUAAGAACUAUGACGCUUAUGUGGAUUUUGAAAAUGCUCAGCCAACUGAGAAGGAAAUUGAUGUGUGGACCCAGGUAAACGAGGUUCUACUCUGUUCCAACUCCAUCUUGGCUGAUAUGGCAAGCUACCACGGUGCAGCUGAGGAGAUCCGUUUAGCUAUUUCAUUCCCACAGAACCAAGAACACCAAGAAAAUGCUUGGGCAGCAGUCUACCCUAUGGUACUCAAGUUAAAGGAGUUUUAUGAGUUCUCAAUCAGUUUAGAGAAUGUCAUUCCAACCUUACUUCGAGAAUUAUGUUCUUCGAACAUGACCUCACGACAACAUUUAGAAACCCAACAGGCCCUCUUCAAACAGUUUGCAGAGAUCCUGGAUUUUGUGCUGAAGUUUGAUGAUUACAAGAUGACCACUCCAGCUAUUCAGAAUGACUUCAGCUAUUACAGAAGAACAGUUAGUCGUCAGAGGAUGACGAAUGAGGAUGGUGAGGCUGGUGAAACUGAAGUGUCUAAUGAAACUGCUAAUCGGAUGUCACUAUUUUACGCCCACGCCACACCAAUGUUAAAGAUGUUAAGUGACACUACAACCAAGUUUGUGACGCAGCUGUCCACAGAAUCGGUCAGCUGCUCCAAGACCCACGUCAAUUCCAGCAGCAGCAGCAACAGUGGUGGUAGCAGCAGCAGCAGCAGUGUGGGGCUGUGUUUUCUGGCGAAGUCCACUAGCGGGUGUAUCAAUGAGGGCGAGCACAAAGACCUUCCUGUUGAGAUCACCACUGACUGUCUCAGUACAAUGGCCAAUAUUUGCCGGGAGAUGAUAGAAAAUCCAAACUACUGCUCAAGGUUCAAAAAUGAAGAGACGAAGCUAUUUUGUUUACGGGUGAUGGUUGGGGUAAUAAUUCUGUACGACCAUGUACAUCCUGUGGGUGCAUUUGCCAAAAAUUCUGGUAUUGAUGUAAAGAGUUGUAUAAAACUUCUAAGGGACCAACAGAAUGACAAAGUGGAAGGACUAAUGAAUGCUUUACGGUUCACAACUCGGCACUUGAAUGAAGAGUCCACCUCUCGAUCUAUCAAAAGCAUGCUGGUGUGAGGAUAGGGACAGAGUAGACAGGAGUGGGUAGGCAGCAACUGAGAUUGUGUGUGUAUGUGUGUGUGGGCAGGUGGGGGAGAUGACGAACAACCCACCGAUUAAUUACUUAUACAUACAUAUACACACAUCCACACACACACACACACAUGUACACAUUCAUAACAAGCAAUGUUGAAGUCACACACACAAACACAUGCAUAUCCACCACGUGUACUGAUCUAUAUACAUAGAUGUGUGUAUGUAUGUGUAUGGGCAUGUAUAUACAUGUACACAUAUGCAUAAAUACACACACACACACACAUUUGUACAUACAUUAUUUCUGUGUAAUUUCAUAAGCAAAAUUAAGGGUAUUUCAAUAUUUCAAUACAUUGUGUAGAGUGGGCAUAUAUAUACAUACACAUACAUAUAUGCGUGUGUAUAUAUAUAUAUAUAUAUAUGUAUAUGCUUUAUUUUCACUUUAUUUGUGGAUUAACACUGCUACCCAUAGCAGGUGAUUAACCAUCAUUUUUAAGUGGAUUGCUUGAAAAUUAAGGAAAUUCUUUCCCCAUAAAACCAUUCGUAGCACUGUUAAUCCAGAAAUAAAGAAUAUUUUAUCCACCAAA